AUGUCUAAUGCCUCGACAACCCCCCGCAUGCGCUCCUACGGAUGGAAUUUUCAUCUCGUAGCGACAUCAAAAUCGUGUCACUUUGCUGGGCUAUACCAAGACCCCGACAAUGGAUUCCUGACAUUUCGCGACCUUGUGGACGAGCUGCGUUUGUGUUUUGAAGAUGAUGGUAAUUGGGACGGCGUCGCUUUUGGACUGGAUAAUAAGAGUCGCCAUAACGCGAACAACUUCCCACUUUUUAUUACCAAAGCGAAGUUGGAUACUGUGAUUCCGAGCUUGCCUUCCCCUGAUCCGCAGGAACGCGCUAUUGUCAGAUACCAUAUCGUGCGCCAUACGGAAUGCCAGCUUGACGAAAAUUCCCCAUUAAGAGCUCACCUCGAAGUUUAG